CUUGCUUGUAAGAUAUACUAUUCUGCACUUGGCCAAGCUCAUUCCACGUUGCUAGCUCACGCCCCCCAAACCAAGCCAUCCUCGUUUGACUGCCGGGCCUCCACCAACCGCUGCGUUCUUGCCACAAACAAUGGCUGAGAAUCAGGCACCACCCAAAGGAGCUCGCGUUGACGACGCUACGAGGCGAGAGUUGAGAAGGGAACUCCACCAGGCGUGCCAGGAUGUCCAUCGUCAAAAGGAGGUGCUAUGUGACAUCUCCACAAAUCGGCUGGUUGAGGUCAUUCGGCACUCGGAAACGCUACUCGACAAGGCCGAGGGCAUCCAAAAGGCCAAGGAGGUGGCUGUGUCGGCGGAGAUCUUCCGCAACCUGGCCGAUUGCAAUAAUGAACUCGCAAACAAGCUGGUGCAGAAGCAGGGCCGCGGGCCCAUGGACUUGAUUGUGAAACUGCGCGCGGCGUUCGUGCACACUGCCAACCCCCAAGUGGACGGCGCGGAGGACCCCACCGCUUUCAACUGGGGCGAGCUGGGAGCCUUCGUGGAGCACCUUCGCCGGCCGGCACGAGGCGCCAGCUGCAUGUUCGGGCCAAUGCUCGUACAGCCCAAGGAACGCAAGGCGCCCGCGCAGCGGCAAAAGCGCCAGGCGCCCGCAGAGCUGGUGCGACCGGAGGAGAAGGACUGCAUGGUGGAGGGCAGCGAGGAGAAGCAGGACACGGACCGCAACAUGGAGGUCAUGUGGGGCGUCAUCAAGGCGCAGAACAGUCCGCUGGUGGGCUUCCCGGAGCUCGUGCUCAACGCUGCCUCGUUCGCGCAGACCGUGGAGAACAUGUUCACGCUGUCGUUCCUGGUGCGUGACAACCGCGUGGCGCUGGUGGAGGACGAGGAGCGCGGCUGGUGCGUGCAGCCGUUGGAGGGGGGCAAGGCCAAGGGUGCGCAGCAGCCGCCGCAGCAACAACAGCAGCACGCGCCGCAGCUGCAGUUCAUCAUGUCGUUCCACCUCAAGGAUUGGGAGGCGAUGAAGUGCUACGUGCGGCCCUCCGAGUGCCUCAUGCCGCAUCGCGACAAGGCAGCGCAGCACGAGCGGGACAAGGCCGCGGCGGCGGCAGAGGAGCGCGCAACCAAGAAGGCCCGGCAGCACGAGCGCGCGGCGUGAUCCAGUGUGAAGGGGGUUGUGGGACAGGUCUGUCCUGUGAUCUUGUCCAUCGUCACCAGUAGAUUACCGGUAGCUGUGAUGAGACGGUGUGCAGUGUACCUGUUAUUCAUAAUGGAGAUGUGGCCUCUCAUCGCGUGCGUCCACCUUGCCAAUAUAAAUGGGUGCACUUGCAGCGUGUCGCAGGAUGUCCUAGAGCAACAUACGGUUUGACGUGAGUGUUGAUUUUUCGUGGACGCAGGACGAGUUUGCACCGUACCGUGAACGUGACGCGCGUGCGCAUCUCAUGCAUGUGUGCUCUUGUGUAGCAUAAAGCACAGGACAGUAGGAUAACACAUGUGAUGGUGUCCGGUCGCCACACAGCCCUGAAGCUGUACGAGAUGGUGGGGCUGGAAUGGCAGCUGACUGGGAGAGACGCAGUAUUUCAAGACGCACGUCGUGUACCGUACAUGUGUUGUGAAGUGUGUGCGUGUGUGUGGGGCGCACAGCCCCGCUGCUACGGCAGGUAUUUUACGAUAUUCGUGUGCGUGUGGUAAAGACUUUGCUUUGUGGCCGCGGGCAGGGUGCGUAUGGCGGCUACACUACGCGGGCACUUCAUCGAGUCUGCAGCGGUCUGCCGAUUUGCGGCACCAUUCAACGCCACGUGAUGUGUUUGACGGACCCGCGCGUGAUUUCUUUUAAUGCCGCAAUGGACCGCUCCCACGCCUGCUAUGUGGCUUGCAACCCGGUGGGACUUCACUGCCCGAUCCCGGUAGUCACUUGCAUCAGGGGAUCUGGUGAUGACGCAUUGCCACACGCGGCCCUCAAGGCCCUGGAGCAUGGCCGUGCCAUUACCAUCACGUCUCUGAUGUAACUUUCGUCACAC